AUGGCUACAACAUAUAUCCUGGAGAUCAAAAUAGAUGGACUAUUGUCCCAUAUAGGUCUAACCCCCUGCGCAAGGGGCAGGAAGUCAGCUAGGGUCAAAAGAUCCCAGCAAGGUAAGCAUUUUGAGGAGGACGAUGACCUAGUUGACUCUGAUGCCGUGGUUGAUUCAGAUGAUGAAGUGGAUUUGAAGAAGCCACGACCAAUACAGAUUGUUCUUGCUCAUGAAGAUGAUCACAACUUUGAACUAGAUGAAGAGGCACUGGAAAACAUUUUGCUUCAGGAACACAUAAAAGAUCUUAAUAUAGUAGUUGUAUCUGUAGCAGGAGCUUUCCGCAAAGGGAAAUCCUUCUUACUGGACUUCAUGCUUAGAUACAUGUACAACAGGAACUCUGCAUGUUGGAUAGGUGGAAGCAAUGAGCCACUGACUGGGUUUACAUGGAGAGGUGGCUGUGAAAGAGAAACUACAGGCAUUCAGAUCUGGAGUGAAGUGUUUAUAAUUGACAAGCCUAAUGGGACAAAGGUUGCUGUACUACUCAUGGAUACCCAAGGUGCCUUUGAUAGCCAAUCCACUAUCAAAGACUGUGCAACGGUAUUCGCUCUGAGCACCAUGACGAGUUCUGUCCAGGUAUACAACUUGUCCCAGAACAUUCAAGAAGAUGAUCUUCAGCAUUUGCAGUUGUUUACAGAGUAUGGACGACUUGCUAUGGAAGAAAUUUACCAAAAGCCGUUUCAGACACUUAUGUUCUUAAUUAGAGAUUGGAGCUAUCCUUAUGAACAUGCAUAUGGCUUGGAAGGAGGAAAAAAUUUUCUAGAAAAAAGAUUGCAGGUAAAGCAAAACCAACAUGAAGAGCUACAGAAUGUAAGGAAGCAUAUUCACUCAUGUUUCAGUAACCUUGGCUGUUUCCUGUUGCCCCACCCUGGUCUUAAAGUUGCGACUAAUCCAAAUUUUGAUGGGAGGUUGAAUGAUAUUGAUGAAGACUUUAAGAGCGAGUUGCGAAAUCUGGUUCCGUUAUUGCUUGCCCCUGAAAACUUGGUAGAAAAAGAAAUCAGUGGAUCCAAGGUGACCUGUAGAGAUCUUGUUGAAUACUUUAAGGCUUACAUCAAAAUCUAUCAAGGAGAGGAGCUACCUCAUCCAAAGUCGAUGCUCCAGGCAACAGCUGAAGCCAAUAAUCUUGCUGCAGUGGCAGGAGCAAAAGACUUGUACAGCAAAAGCAUGGAGCAGGUCUGUGGUGGAGACAAGCCUUACAUCGCCCCGUCCGACUUGGAACGGAAGCACCAGGAUUUCAGGGAGUCGGCUGUCAAGCAGUUCCGUUCUGUGAAGAAGAUGGGAGGGGAAGAGUUCUGUCGCUGCUACCAGGACCAGCUGGAAGCAGAGAUGGAUGAAAUCUAUGCAAAUUUUGUGAAACACAAUGAUGGCAAAAACAUCUUUUAUGCUGCCCGCACCCCUGCUACUUUGUUUGCUGUCAUGUUCGCCAUGUAUAUAAUCUCAGGACUGACUGGGUUCCUUGGCAUGAACUCCAUAGCUACCCUAUGUAAUCUUAUAAUGGGGCUGGCUCUUGUAUCCCUGUGUACUUGGGCAUAUGUUAAGUACUCUGGGGAGUUCAGAGAAGUUGGAACAGUCAUUGAUCAGAUUGCUGAAGCAAUAUGGGAACAGGUAUUGAAGCCCCUGAGUGAUAACUUGAUGGAAGAUAACAUGAGGCAGUCUGUAACAAACUCUAUCAAAGCAAGCCUGACUGAACAGGUGUCUCAACAUGCCAGAUUAAAGACAGACUGACAGUUCAUCUCUUCAACCCUGUCCUCUCAUCCUAGACAUGCUUGCUGUACAAUGAGAACUCAAUAAAUAAACCAAAGUUUACAAUCAACUGUAGAAGUAGUUUAGUGUGACUGGCUUCACAGAUUGCUGCCACCAAGUGCAAGAAGUUUGUCAAUCUUUGCUUCUAAGACACUAGUUUUGUGUCAUGGAGACUGGCAAGGGGAAUUUUAAAUGCAGUCCUAAUGUAUUGGACACCUGUGCGCCAGGGUGGGUGACUUUCCUCCAUGUCUUGAGGUAAUGCAGUCUGGCUUACAAUGGAAAUAGGUCCUCUGUACAAGGAUAUUUCAGGGAAGUAACUGUUAAACCUAUCUAAGAAAGUCUUUUAAUGGAAUGUAUUUAGCCUCACAACAUCCCAUUUGAAACUUUUAACUUCUGGAGUAUUUAUAUAUAAAUCACUGUAUUGAGUCGAAUGGGCAUGUCAGUAGUAGCUGACAUCAGUGAAGCCAUUAUUGAGCCACUACAUUUAAAUAUAUAUCUUGCUUUACUGCCUUUUAUACCAGUAUUACACAAAUGCAUGUAUCAGUUCCUCACAAAUGACAUUAGAACUAACUGUUGUAACUAAGGAAGUGAUUCAAUGUGUACAUUGUCUUGCCUUUUUUUUUUAAACUCACAGACCUUGUCCAAAAGGAGAUGCAUAUCAGAAAACUGAGCUGUCUUUUUCUGCAGUUUAGCCUUCAUGUAUAUAAUAUGCCAUUAAUUUUGUUGGGGGGGAGAAAUUCCAUCCAAACAAUGUUGCCUACAGCUCUGAAGCAAUGAGUUAGGAUUGUCUGUACAGUGUGUUUAGUUCUUAUUUUUUAAGAAAUCACAGAUAGGGCAUGUAUAUGAAAUUAUAAAUAUAUAAAUACAAUUUUUGUAUCAAAGUUUUGUAGUUUAUGGCAAAACCUGGUUCUGUGGUAGGCUAAGUACAGUCCCUGUAAAGGAAUGUUUGUGGCUCAUGUAAAUGUGUGAAUGCAUAAACGAUUUGAAGUUUUUGAUAUAUUUGUGAUAUUUACCUGCCUUGAGCACUGCAAUCUCUCACCCCCUUGGGAAAUCAAUGGGAAUGUUUGUUGUGAAAGUUCUUGUCCUCUGUUGCAUUUUAAAGUUAUUUCCUGUAAUUUAUUUUCAGUACAUGAUUAAAAUCAGUUGUGUAUAUAUUAAA